GGACCGGUGCAGGCGGGCGAUACGAUAUAACUCCAAAGUCUGUUUGGCCAUCCGCCUUCCACAUACUAGCAUCGGUUACACCCGCUCGUCGCAAUGGCACCGCGUCUAUUGAGCCCAGGGAUCUACUGUCCCAUCCCGUCGUUCUUCCUGCCAGAGACCGAGGACCUUGACCUGCCGUCAUUCGAGAAACACGUUUUGCGGGUCGCACAGGCGGGCGUCGGGCCGCUGCUCGCGGGCUCGAACGGCGAGGCGAUCCACCUCGCGCACGACGAGCGCACUACGCUUGUACGCACUGCACGCCGCGUGCUCGAUGGCAACGGCCUCGCAGAUGUCCCGCUCAUCGUGGGCACCGGCGCAGGCAGCACGCGCGAGACGGUGCAGCUGUGCCGUGCCGCGGCGGACGCGGGCGCGGACUAUGCGAUCGUCAUCACCCCCGGAUACUUUGCGGGCGCGAUUGCGCAGGACAGGGAGGCCCUCAAGGCGUUCUAUAGAGAGGUGGCGAAGAAGAGUCCUGUCCCGAUUCUGUUGUAUAACUACCCGGGAGCUAGCGGGGGCAUAGACUUGGAUUCAGAGCUCAUCACAGAGCUGGCGUCGGAGGAUACGAACAUUGUUGGGGUCAAGCUCACAUGCGGUAAUGUUGGGAAGCUGACGAGGAUCUGCACAACUGUAUCGGACCAGUCGUACACGUCCAAGUAUCCGCGUAGGACUGCCACACAAGAGUUUCUUGUUCUCGGGGGAUAUACGGACUUUGUCCUGCCGUCGAUAUACGCGAGAGGACACGGUGCAAUAACCGGGCUGGCAAACGUCGCACCUCACUCGAUCAAGAAGCUCUACGACCUCUCUGUGGAAAGCCUCGCGAACCCGUCCGUUCUCCCAGAAGCGCAGCGACUCCAGGGCAUCAUCGCACGAGGAGACUUCACGCUCGCCAACUCUGGUGUGUCUGGUACCAAGGCGGUACUGCAGAGACUCUACGGGUACGGAGGGUGCCCUAGACGGCCACUGCCACCAAUUUCAUCAGAGGCUGCGGAGGCGGUGUGGCACCAUCCACACAUCAAAGAACUUGUUGCGCUUGAGAGGCAGAUCAGCGGCCAGUGAGGAUGUGGGUGACUGUCGCGGACUCGAGUUCUCGAAGGGCUAUAUGCGUCUCGUUCCGUGCACUUUUGUACUUGUAUAUGUAGCAUACACCCAGCAAACGUCGGCGAAAGCUAGGCGAAUGUCGGCAACUUGGACCAGAAAUGGUCGCUUACCC